ACGUCUCAAGUUCAACACGCACUCAAACUCGAUUUCCAUUUUCCAUGAUUUUCAGUUUUUUCGAUUUUUUUCUGCAUGAAAGUGUUCAGUUUCGGAUUUUGUUGUUUUUAAAUUCGGUGGUCUGGUUGAUUGGUAUCUUUAACCUUUUAGAUCUGCAUGCAAAAAUGCCGAAGAAUAAGAAAAAAUUCAACAAGAAAACCGCCACAACCUACGCUCUGAUCAACCGUAAUCUCCAGCCGAUCGGCGAAGAUGAGGAGAGCAGUGGAACUCUGGCAAAUUUAAGCAAAGAGGAGUUGUUAGCACGGAAGGAAGAAGAGCACAAAGUCGGAAUUUACUUCAACGAUAAUUAUGAUUACAUGCGCCAUUUGCGGGACGUGUCCAGCUACCAAGGCAGUUUGGAGCCUGUGGAGAAUUUCCGCAUGGGUUCCUCGGCGUCCGACGCCUUGCUGGAUGUCCUAUCCGUCGUGAGCGGACGCAGCAACCGUCCUAAACCGGCGAAACUCCCUCCCACCCUGGACUUCCUGACCACCCUCACCCCCGCACCCCCCUCUACCGCCGAACCCGUUGACGCCCCGCCCGACACGGACAUCAACGCCGCCAUGGCGGAGUCCUUCGCCUUCGACGACCCCGACAACCUCCUGGACGACGACUUCAUCGCGCAGGCCGACGGGCCCCUCCACCCCCUCCCGGGGGUUUCCUCUGCCAUGGACGAGGACGACGAUUUCCCGGGCGUGGAGGAGUAUGUCGACCCGACGCGGGGGAUCAGUCGCGGCGGGAUGGUGGGCGCCUGGCUGGAGCACCAACCCUCCGAGGAGGAGAUGGGGGAGGGGAAACCGGAGCGCUCGACGGGGGCGCUGAUCCGCGAGUGGGUGCGGCUGCACGGGGAGGAGGAGAUGGGAGAGCACCCGGAGCAGGAGGAGACGCGGUCGCGGCUGUCCAAGUACUCCAUGAGCAGUUCAGUGAUGCGGCGCUCGGCCGGGUUGAAGCAGCUGGAUGAGCAUUUCGAGCAGAUGUUUUCUCAGUACGAUGAAGAGGAAAUUGGUGGGCUGGAUUUGGAUGAUCACGAGGGCGCCAGCGACAAUCUGGUGCUGCGCACGAUGCUGACCGAACAGGCCAAAAAGAACGCUCCACCCGAUUCGAAUGCAGAAGAGGAAGAGAGCGAUACGGAGAGUGAAACGGGCGGGGUGGACGAAGUGGCCCUCAAGUUCCGCUACGAGGACGAUGCGCCGAACGAGAUGGUGAAGGUGGUCCUGGAGGAGGACGACGACACCUACGACUGCCAGUCCAUUAUCAGCCAUCGUUCCAACAAAUCCUACCAACCGAAAAUCCUUGAUCUGCCACGAAAGCCGAAACCGAUCCGGAUUAACAAUAAGACCGGCUUCCCGCUGCCGGAAGCGACGGAGACGCUGGAGGAGGCGGAGAGUGAGGAGGAGGAGGAUGUGUUGAGCCUGAUCUCCAGUCUGAGCGUGGCGCGGCCGAAGAACGAGACGCCGGAGGAGCGGCGGAUGCGGAAACAGGCACUGAAGGGGCUGCGUCGCGAGCGGCGCGUGGAGAAGAAGGGCAAUCGGUUGGCCUUCGGGGUGGAGCGGGUGCAGCAGGAGCGCGCCGCCGCCAAUGUGGAGAGCCGGCGCAAGACCGUGGCCGUCGUGUAGAACGGUGGAAAAGCGGGAUUUUGUUGUUAUGGAACUGAUUAAAAAAAUGCUGGGUUGUUUGGGAGGAUGUGUGAAUUAAAUCCUCCUUGAGUAAUAUUGCGAAGAGUUAUAAAAAAAUGCAAAUGAAAAAAUAGAUUAAAAAGCAGCAAUAUUAAA